GAAAAAAGACAAAAAAAACUUCCAACUCACCAUCACCUCCACUUUUCUCUGUAGAAAAACUGAAAAACAAAACUACCCAACGAGAGAAAAACCAGUCAAAAGAAAUGGGCUGUGUUUCUUCUAAAUUACUCAAGAAACAACUCCAUCAAGACAUCAUUGUCCACAACAAUGGCGGCGGCUUCCCCAUUAACCAUGUUGUCUCCCUCACUUCCUCCACUUACGGUGCUCUAAAACUCGACAUCAGUGAAAAACUUCAACAGCAAGAUCACGAACAAGAAGAUGAAGCACCCGUUAAAGAAAUAGCAGUGGAGAGUAAGAAGAAAGUAGAGGAAAAAUCAUCGCCGCCCCGUGAACCUACGGAGGUUAUUAAUACAUGGGAGUUAAUGGAAGAUCUCGAAGAAGGCGGAGGCGGAGGCGGAGGCGGAGGAGGAGUACAUAAGAAGAGCCCUAAAUCAAUUUUGUUUCGUGGGUUUAUGCAUGAUGUUGAUGUUAGAAGUCCGUUGAAGUUCUUGAAUCAAAUUGGCUCUCCAAGAAAGGCUAAAACAUUUGGUGGCAAAGAAAAUAAAACUAGAAGAGUGUCAGAUUUUAGUCCAAGGCCGGUUUUUAAAUCAAGUAAGGCGGUUAUGAGAUUGAGUUAUCCGGGGAAAGAGUCUCCGGUAAGGAAGAAAACAGAGAUUCUUGGUGGUGGCGGUGGUGGUGGCGGUGGAGGUGGUUGUGGUGGUGAUGAUUCUGCUAUUUCGUCGCGAAGGAGGAGUUUUAGUCCAUUGUUUGAUCCAGAACUUGUGGCAUUAUAUGAAAGAGAGCUAACUGAAGAAGAGCAGAUCAAGAGAAUUAUCUCUCUAACACCAAAAGCUCAUCGAAAGUUCAAAACUUCGCUCGAAUCGGAGUCUAUCCUUCGUUUAUUCGAAGAAAAAUGCCCGUCCGGGGGCGAUAAUGCGGUUGUGAUCUACACUACUACAUUGAGGGGCAUCAGAAAAACCUUUGAAGAUUGCAAUACAGUGAGGUCUAUAAUUGAAUCAUAUCAUAUUCAUAUGAUAGAGAGAGAUAUAUCGAUGGAUUCGGGUUUAAAGGAGGAUCUAAGAAGACUAAUGGGCACCAAAGAAGUGAAAGUUCCACUUGUGUUUGUGAAGGGGAGGUUAAUUGGAGGGUCUGAUCAAGUAGUGAAGCUAGAAGAAGAAGGGAUGUUAGGGAUUUUGUUUGAUGGGAUUCCGAAAGGGCUUGCCGGAGGAUGCGAAAGAUGUGCAGGGAUUAGGUUUGUGAUGUGUAUGGAGUGUAAUGGCAGCUGCAAGGUUUUGGAUGAUGUGCAGAAGAAGAUGGUGAAAUGUGGUGAGUGCAAUGAAAAUGGUUUGAUACAGUGCCCUAUUUGUUGCUAAUUUAUUGUUAUUAUUUGAAUUUCUUGAUUUGUUUGGUAUUUGCUAGGUUUGAAUUUAUUGUGUGAAAACAUCUAAUUUUGAUUCCACUACAAAAAGGAUGCACAGAAAAAAAAAAUGCUGUGAUUUUCGUUUGUUCUGCUUAUGGGAAGUGAGGUACUAAAGUGUGUUUUAGGCCUUUCUUGUAAACUAAUUUUAGAUUGACUUGUUUUUUAUUUAUUUAUGUUAAUGAAAUACUACUUGGUGAA